GCCAUGACAUGGGGUUGUCUUUAAAUCAAGACAAGACAAGACAAGACAAGACAAGAAAAAAAUAAUAUAAAAUAGGAUGCUAGUAAUAUCUCAGAUUACUGGGACCACAGUAAAGACUGAACUGCUUACGAACAGCUAGCAGAGAUUGUAUAAAUAAAAAGAAUUAUGGAGCAAUUCCAUGAUAUAAAUAAUGCCUGCAGAGCGUGUUUAAGUGUGGGUAAAGCGAAUGAACCAAUUUUUCGAGGUGAAAAUGAAGGAAUAAAGGAGGGAGCAAUUGAAUAUUGGAGGAUAUUGAAGAUCCAUGGAGGCAUUGAGGUGUCUGAAACCGAUGGAUUUCCUCAAAGAAUUUGUUCCAAGUGCCUUCUGAAACUACACGUAGCUCAUAGUCUGUGGGAACAGUGUCAGAAGGCUGAUCAGAAGCUCAGGGAAUACCUUAGUAGCUCUCUGAAUAAAAAAGUACACGCUGAAUCUCCUCUCUGCACUGAUAAGCAACCGAAGUCUUUCACAGCAGAAGCACCCGAAAAUUCUUCUAUUAAACUUGGAAAUAUUCCUCCAUCUGCGGAGCCUUCCGCGAAAAAAUCUCCACAUGUAUCUAAAAAACCUCAGUAUGUCUCUCCCUCUCCUGUUUCAGAACCUCUGGAACCUCUCCAGCCCUCUCCACGAAAACAGCACAAGUGCUCGGACUGUAGCAAAAUAUUUCCCACGGAAUUGAAACUCCAGAGGCACCAGAGGACCCACGAGGAGAAGAAUGUCCCUAAGAAGUCUGAUUUCAAGAGAUUCCUCUGUCACAUCUGCAGCAAGACAUUCAGGCAGAAGACAGGGCUAACGUUCCAUAUGAGAACACACACUGGGGACAAGCCCUACGUCUGCAAUUUCUGCAAUCGAGGAUUCGCGUCCAGGUCCAACUGCAUUAACCAUGAGAGAACCCACACGGGCGUGAGGCCCUUCGUGUGUCAUUUCUGUUCUGCUGCAUUCGCUAAGUCCUGCACUCUUAAAGCGCACAUCACGACGCACACUGGUGAAGCUAAUUACCACUGUAAAACCUGUGGCAAGAGCUUCAAGAGACUCAAGUACCUCAAAGAGCACCGGUUCACUCAUACUGGAGAAAAACCGUAUGUUUGUAAAACCUGUGGAACCGGGUACAGUCACUCUGGGAGUCUCUUUGUUCAUGAGAAAAAAUGCAAGAUUCAAGUCCGAAAUUAUCACUGUGAGGGGGAGGGCCCCUGGUAAGAUCCCAGGAAAUGAAAUAUGAGAUUGUUAGAUUAUUGAAGAAUUAUUGAAGAUAAUGUAUUAAACGCUUGAAGUUUCUGUGAUAAACAGCUUCCGAGGAGACAGGC